AUGCAUCCCAGCCGAUCUGGGCUGCCUCCCUCCCCGCCGCUGGGCCCGACCCGAGGAGGCGGCGGAGGGUCCCUGCAAAGGCGGCCUCUGCAGGCGCCCGGCGAGCCCGCCUCUCCCGGGGAGCGCCCGCGCUCUGCACCCCCCCCCACCUCCCCGCCGGCGCCCUGCCCACCGCCAGGCAACCUAGAGAUUGACGCGCGACGCGGCCACCCGGAGCUGCGAAGGCGUCCUGAGCGCACCUAUGAGAAGGGCCGCAUCCCAAAGGGGGCUGGCCGUGGGCGCAGCAGUCGGGAGAGCGCAGCCGCCUCCUUCAGGCAGGCAGGCAGGCGGGGCUGCUGCUGCUGCUGCGGAGCCGGGGAAGCCGAGCGCCCCAGUCGGCGGGCGCCUGCCGGAGGGGAAGCAUCUCCCGGCCCCUCCCUGCUGCGCGUCUCUCCCUCGCCCCGCCUCCCGCUCGCCGGGCGCCUCGGGCGGGGAUGGCAGCCGCGCGGAGCGAGCGCGCGAUGGAGGCGCCGCGGCGGCCGCACCUGCCGCGCCGGGAGGAGAAGGAGGACGCCGCCGCCGCCGCCUCGUAGGCAGCGCUGCCCGGAUCCCGCCCUGCCUGCCAGCGCUGCCAGCGGCGGACGGGGGAAGAAGGCAGACGUAAGCAGGCUAACUAUAGCAUCUCCCCGGAGCCGGCAGGGAGGCAACCUGGGCGGGCAGCCUGCGCCAUUCCCGGGCGAGGAGCGGCGUAGCUACAGGUGA